AUGAAGUUGGCAACGGUUGUGCUAUGCGUGCUGUGUCUGGUGUUUGCCCACGAGGAAGAGGACCACAAUCGCAUCAGUUAUGACAUCUACGUGACACCGAUCAUGGCCAACACGUCCACUGACAACCGGUUCCGUGCCAAAAAUCCCCUGCUAGCCUGGCUUUCGACCGUGCUGAACUACAAGCCUCCUAGUCUCCAUCCAGCGGACAUGCCGGUCACUACGACGCAGCAGCCUCCACCACGUGACUGCCAGCAGUGUUUUUGUGGCCGAGGCAAGACAAGUUCACGGAUUGUCGGUGGAGAUGCGGCCGACGUGAAAGAGUAUCCUUGGAUCGCCAUGCUGCUGUAUCGUGGAUCGUUCUACUGCGGUGGGUCACUGAUCAACGAUCGCUACAUCCUGACGGCGGCUCAUUGCGUGCUAAGCUUCACGCCAGCCCAGCUCCAGGCGAAGCUGUACGAUGUGGAACGGUCAGAGAUGGUGACUCGGUCCAUUGCCAAGCUCACUGGUCACGAGCGGUUUAGUUUGGACACGUUCAACAAUGACAUUGCGCUGGUGAAGUUGCACCAACCGGUGGAUGCCGGAGCGAGCUUUAUCCCGAUCUGCUUGCCAUCCGCGGGAAGAACUUUCGCUGGUCAUGCCGGUACCGUGGUUGGCUGGGGGAAACUAGGGAAUGGCAGUUUAUCUCAGGGUCUGCAGAAGGCGGUGGUACCGAUCAUGUCAAAUAUGCAGUGCCGAAGAUCGAACUACCGAGCUUCACGGAUUACAGACAACAUGUUGUGCGCAGGAUACGCCGAAGGUGGUCGAGACGCUUGUCAGGGUGACAGCGGAGGACCGCUCCACGUGGGGGACAGCAAUUUUCGCGAGCUGGUUGGCAUUGUGUCGUGGGGCGAGGGUUGUGCCCGGCCCAACUACCCUGGUGUCUAUACACGAGUGUCACGCUAUUUGAGCUGGAUCCGAACGAACACCCGAGAUGCGUGUGACUGUGAUCGAGCCGUAGCGUGAUUGCUGUCGAACCCAUAUGCGACCAACUCC